AUGUGUAAAAUUAAUCAGUUUUUAAUUACCAUUAUUAUUUUACUAGUAGGUUUCCGUUCGGGCUGUUCUAAAACUGACACACAUUGUUUUCAAAUGAAAAAAUAUUCAUGGUACAAUUUGUUCAGGCAGGCAUUCCCAAGCCCCUUCGCCGGGGACGGGACAGGAUGGGAGAAACCGGUAAAAAUGGCGCUGUGUUUGAGCCGUUGGUGCGCGUGGAAUAAGCAAAGCGGGUUCGCGAGCUGCCUGUUCAACGGUCGCCGGGACUAUGAGAUCCCUUCAACCAGCCUUUUGCUGGCUCGCAGCGUCUGUCAACGGCAUGGUCUGUUGAAGGCAAGGAAGGAGCCGAAGGACAAGGAGCAGUACUCACAUAGAAGAAUGUGUUUAAACACACUAGCUUACAAGAAGCCAAAUUGUUUCUGGAGCGGCAUGACAUUUGCUGUCUUCCAGUCCACCGGGACCUGCUUGGAGUCCAGUGAAUUUUGUCCAUCCAGAUUUAUGUACACGACUAGAACUAAAUGCUGCCGCAACCAGGUGUAUAGUGACAAACAGCAUAAAAGCCCCUACGUAUUGGCUCAGAACGAUCUGAAGAAUCUAUAUGCUGAAAUCAGGCAGCUAUUAGCAGUUUCUUCAGACCUUAAGGCAAUUUGCGAUUAUUACUUUGAUGGAAAAGGGAAGGCUUUUCGGCCAAUGAUUGUGGUAUUAAUGGCAAAAGCGUGCAAUCUCCACCAUGGCAAGAAUGGGGAGUUGUCGAGUAGCCAGCACUCGAUAGGCAUGAUCGUUGAGAUGAUCCAUACUGCUAGCCUUGUGCAUGAUGACGUUAUUGAUGGAUCAGAUACUCGACGGGGUAAAAUUACUGUAAAUAAAAUCUGGGGAGAGAGAAAGGCUAUUUUGGCCGGAGACUUUGUUCUCUCUGCAGCCUCCGUGGCCCUUGCCCGUCUUGGUAACAACACUGUAGUAUCCAUUUUUACUCAAGCAAUUGAAGACUUGGUGCGAGGAGAAUUUAUGCAGCUGGGCUCCAAAGAAAAUGAGAAUGAAAGAUUUGGGCAUUACCUUGAGAAAACAUUCAAGAAGACUGCAAGCCUCAUAGCAAACAGUUGUAAAGCAGUCUCUAUCCUUGGUAAUUGUGACCCAGAUGUCCAGGAAAUUGCAUACCAAUAUGGAAGAAAUAUUGGGAUAGCAUUUCAGUUGGUAGAUGAUGUGUUGGACUUCACCUCCUGUGCGAAUCAGUUAGGAAAACCUGCUGCUGCUGACCUGAAGCUUGGAUUGGCAACAGGCCCGGUGUUGUUUGCUUGCCAACAGUUUCCUGAAUUACAUACCCUAAUUAUGAGACGCUUCAGUGUGGAUGGUGAUGUAGAUCAAGCUUGGCAAUAUGUACAACAGAGUGACGGUGUUCAGCAAACGUGCUAUCUUGCUCAUCAAUACGGUCAAGAAGCUGUUCGACACAUUUCUAUGCUGCGUCCUUCACCAGAGAGAGAUGCCUUGAUUCAACUUGCAGAAAUUGUAUUAACUCGAAACAAGUGAGAGUCAAGUUCGCUUCACUCCUUUGAGACAGACUGAAAACACAUGUUGAACCUGUAUCAAGAAUUCCAAGUUAAGCCAGGAAAUCAGUGGGAAUUGUUUACAUUUAGGACUAACCAUGUACA